GAGACUUGCUGGCGGCCAUCUUGCGCCUGUCCCCAGACUCGGUCUCAGGUGGAGGUCACAGGGAUUCUGUGGUGGCUGCUGUAUGGGCAUCUGCUAACCAUGUUGUCCCGGGUGGCACUCUCCGCCGUCACCGCUGCGGCUCCGGGUCUGAAGAACGCAGCCUUUCUGGGACCGGGGGUAUUGCAGACAAAAAGGAUUUUCCACACUUCACAGCCAAGUUUUGCCCCUGUGCCACCUCUUCCCGAAUAUGGAGGAAAAGUACGUUUAGGGCUGAUUCCAGAGGAAUUCUUCCAGUUUCUUUAUCCUAAAACUGGUGUAACAGGACCCUACAUGCUUGGCACUGGGCUUAUCUUGUAUUUUCUAUCCAAAGAAAUAUAUGUGAUUACUCCAGAGACCUUCUCUGGCUUAUCAUUAUUAGGAAUAAUGGUCUAUGUUAUUAAAAAAUAUGGAGCCUCUUUCGCAGAUUUUAUUGAUAAAAUCAAUGAGCAAAAAAUUGCCCAACUAGAAGAGGUGAAACAGGGUUCCAUCAAACAAAUCCAGGAUGCAAUUGAUGCAGAGAAGGCACAGCAGGCCCUGGUUCAGAAACGCCACUACCUUUUUGAUGUCCAGAGGAAUAACAUUGCUAUGGCCUUGGAGGUUUCUUACCGGGAUCGGCUGCAUCGAGUAUACAAGGAGGUAAAGAAUCGCCUGGACUACCAUAUCUCAGUGCAGAAUAUGAUGCAUCGAAAAGAGCAAGAACACAUGAUAAACUGGGUGGAGGCGCGUGUGAUACAGAGCAUCUCUGCACAGCAGGAAAAGGAGACAAUUGCCAAGUGUAUCACAGAUCUGAAGAUGCUUGCAAAGAAGGCUCAGGCGCAGCCAGUUAUGUAAAUGAAUGUUCUACAGAGAUCACCAAAAACAGUUGACUGGGUGGAAAUUACUCUGUGUGCAAAAUCUUUCAUUAUUGCUAUCUACUGAAAUCAGUUUACCUGUCUUAAAAAGAAAAGUUCAGAUUUCAUUUAGUGAACUGAAUCUGUUGGCCAGUCAAGUUUCUCAUUCUUACUCUGCCUUUAGAGUUAUUUGAUUGAUCACUUUUGAACAAGCUUUCAUUAAAAUUUGUUGUGUAAUUUAGGAUUAUUACCAAGUUACAGUUUCAUUUGGUAACUAAUUUUACCAUCUUCCAAUAAAGUGACAAUU